ACCGCCUACUCCACACCACCACUUCUUAUUUACCAACCUCAAUGACAUGAUCACACAUAGCGAGGACGCCAAAUCCGCGCGAGAGCGAGCAUUUUUACGCACGCGCACACACAAUAAAACGUGCAAGAAAUCGCUGCUUUUUCUCCGCUUGCUCGCUGCUCGUGUGUGCGCGCGCGUGUGAAUGUGUGUGCAGCCGCGAGAGGACGUGUCGUAAUGAUAUAAAACUGAAAGGAAGGAAGGAUUUUUUCACACACACACAGAAGGCUGCUUGUCGUUUUCCUGCCGUUGGAGUAAGAAUAGUUUCUCUCCUCUUUCGGACGAUCGUGGAUUCUGCCCCACUUUUGUCCCCUAAGGAAGGGUCGAGGGGACGCAAGGAAGCGCCGUUUGGGAUUGUUUUUUCCCCCCCUCCUCAUCUGGAAGUGAAUCUCCAUCGGUUUCCUGAAUAGAGAAGCAACAGAGGGAUUAAAACAUUCCUGGCCGGGUUACAUUGUGCUAAGAAAGGCGGCUAUAAAUAGCCCUUGCGCGAUUCUCGUAAACUAUCACAAGUGGUGCAUGGGAUCGUGAAGAAUCAGACGCAUGUAAAAAGCCCACUCCUGUUUGUUUGUUUGAGUGCUUUUUCCUCGAUUCAAUAAGUUUUUGGGCUGUGCGUGCGGUCGUCGGUCCGUUUGCUACCAUGGAUUAUUAUUCCGAUUAUCACUACGAUGUUCAUCUCAGGUUGAUCUUCUCCAAAUGGCGUGGAUGUGUCCGCCUGACCUGGAUUGGAAUCGUGUUUUGAUCCCCCUGCCUGGAUUAUUUGUCAAUUUGACCAUGGGCUCAUCGUGCACUACUUCUUCGCUGUGAAUCCGCCCCAUUAUUCGCUUCUGUUAUUUAUCUUCACCACUUGUGAGGUUUUUAGCAUUGCUUUAUUUUUUUGUGGAGCUGUGUGUUUGUGUGGAGUGGACCCCCACAGGCACGGGACCCCCACUCUGUCAGCCCCUCGGGGUGUUGAUGUAGGAUUUCGACAUGCCCAACACUGAUGAGCCAAAACUGGGAGCAGUAUGACGACAACGACGAACUGGGUGGCGAACGGGGCAAGCCUUGAGGACUGCCACUCCAACAUCUUCUCCCUGGCGGAUUUGACGGGUAUCAAAUGGCGCUGCUACAACUUCCGUGGCAGCGGCGAGUACGGCCCAGUGAUCUCAGCGCCAGCUCAGGAUGACCCAGUGCUGCGCAGCUUCAUGCGCUGUGUGCAAGCCAACCUGCUGUGCGUGUGGCGCCGCAAGAUCAAACCCGAUGCCAAGGAGCUCUGGAUCUUCUGGUGGGGCGAUGAGCCCAAUCUGUCGGACGUCAUCCAUCAUGAAUUGGAAGUGGCUGAAGAGGGACUGUGGGAGUGCGGACUGUCCUACGAGUGCAGGACCCUGCUGUUCAAGGCCGUACACAACCUGCUGGAAAGAUGUCUCAUGGACAAAGGCUUUGUGCGAGUCGGAAAGUGGUUCUUCAAGCCGCAUCAAUUGCAGGAAAAGUCUUUGGGCAGCAGUGAGCACCUAUCAUGUUCCUUCUCCUUCUUCCUGCAUGGGGAGAGCAACGUGUGCACCAGCGUGGAGAUCGCCCAACAUCAGCCUGCAUAUCAUAUCACAGAACAGCACAUCCGCCUCGCGUACACCUCCGUCACGCCAAUACAAGUCAUCUUGAGCCCGUACGGUCUGAGCGGUACUCUGACGGGUCAGGCCUACAAAAUGAGCGACCCGGCCGCACGCAAGCUUAUGGAGGAGUGGAGCUACUUCUACCCGAUGGUAUUGCGGCGGAAGGAGGGAAGUGGCGAAGAGAAUGACGAGCCGGCUGAUGAUCGCAACGCUCAAGUGGCGGUGGAGGUGGUCGUCGGUGGAGUGAGGAUGACCUAUCCAGCUGCUUUAGUGCUGAUCGCCCAGGGUCACCUUCCUGUGGAACUGCCUCCACCUGCUCCUGCAGCUCAGGGCCUCUCUAGAGAGCAGAACCACUGCAGUGUGCCACUGACACCGCCAACAUCACCAGAGCAGCCAUGCUCCGCGGACAGUGGAUUUGUGACCUCAAUCUCAAGUGUCCCGACCCCAGACAGCAGUAUGGGGGUCAACAACCUUAGCCCAAAGCAUUCUGGGAAGAAGCUGACGUGUCAAGUGGUCCAUCAAGCCUGGAGGGAGUGCUACCUCAGCCAGCCUCAUCACACACUAAAGACGCCAUCUGACGUGACGCCUAAGAAGGAAGUGCCAAACGGAGUCACCACAUGGGACUUCAGUGACGUUGGAUCACGAGCGUCAUGCAGCUGCUCGAGGCUGAAGCAGCAGAAAUUAUCAACGGCUACAAACAACUCCAGCUCCCAGACCGGUGCCAAUCCGUCCUCUGGCUCAUCGCUAUACACACCUUCCAUUGCCAAACACAAGACUAGCGACAAGACGGAAAAAGCUGACAAACAAUCUAAGAGACCGGCCAUGAUCCCCUUUCACCACCGCGUGUCUGUUACCCAGGAGAACCCUCUGGAACAGGACUCACCUAGUGGGCCCCAGCUGGGUUCUUUGGUAUCGCUAGAACCACCCAUGGAACCUCUGGCCACUCUGGCAAGCUGCAAGUAUCCCAAACCUCUUUCAAACGGCAGGAAAGCUCCAGAGUCUCUUCUCCUGUCGCCAAUGUCCCCACUCCCUCCCACGCUUAGCCCACAUCCCCGGGUGCAAGACCCAGAGGUACUAGAAGGGCCCCAAGAUGUAUGUCAGGAGGCAGUCCAAGGCAUGGGAGUAAUGACCAGUGAGACGGCAGUAUUCACAGCUCAGCUAAAACAGAGAGAGAACGGGGCCGUCUGGUGGAGAGGCUUCCGGACUCCCAGGACUGAUAAGAUGGAUUUCAGACCUCCAGAAGUCUUGCCUGAUAAACUAGAGGAUGGGAAGACAGAGGCAGUCGCUGAAGGAGUGGCGCUAAAGCGACUUUACACACAGACGCAUAAGAGAUUUAAAAUCUCAGACGAGAGAGUGCGGGACCACGUCCAAACAUUAGGGCUGCUCCAGCAGCCAAGCGUGGAUGCGCUGCGCGAGCCAGGGGAAGACCCCUACGACUUCAAGGAAGGCGACAUCGAGUACACGUUCUCCUCUUCCAAGAGAUUAAAAAGUCAAGGACGGGAAUCCAGCAAGAGAGCCAAGAGUGAAGAAAUCACCAGCAAUGGCAACAUGCCAGAUGGAAAAGAUGCUAUGUCAAUUUUUAACUCUGCUCCUAAAUCAGACGAGUCCAGUCAGGACGAUGCGGCUGCCAAAGCCAAUCCUUCUCUCACCCGAGAAAAAGACCUGGUGGUGAACAUUUCAGAUCUAGACAACAUAUUUGAUGAAGAUGAGGAAGAGCUAGGGACGGUUUACCCCAACCAGCACUCAACAAAACUCCCAGUAUCCACAGAGGACCGUCCUAUGAGUAAAGAAGGCCGAGCCGCAGUACCUUAUCCAUCAACAGUAGCAGACCUGCAGCGAAUGUUUCCCACACCUCCAUCUCUGGAGCAGCAUCCUGCCUUCUCUCCCAUCAUGACGUAUCGGGACACACCGAGCCAGGAGCCACCUGCAUCCAGUGGAGCGCUGGACCACCUCACUUUGCCGGCCGCCUCUAUCCAGCCGCCUGAGUCCAGGAUGGAGCUUGAGGAGGGAAUGUCUAGUCCCUGGCAAGAAGACUUCAAGACACAGGUGGUCUCUUCCAUGUUCACGCCACUUCCCUGCCUACCGAGUCAGAGUUUAGCACCGCUUAAGAUUCCUGAGCAGUGCUACUAUCGCCCGUCAUGGGCACUCUUGCCCAAAAUGGAGCAUAUCCCAGCUGUCAUGCACACCAACAACAGCAGUUUAAUCAGAGAUGGAUACACAAACAUUCCAAGUGUCAACGCUCUAACAGACCAGGAGUUUAAUCAGUUGAGCGGCACCACGGCAUCUGGGAGUACCACUGUGGGCAUCUUGCCCUCUCCAGCCACGCCACGUUUCUCUGUACCUACUCCUCGCACCCCUCGCACGCCACGUGGCAUGAACCCCGCCAGCUCCGGCCAAGGUUCCGUGAAGCAGGAUGGUACUGAGCUAAGCUCACCUGUUUCGACCCCUUCCACCAGCCUGCCUCUCAGUUCUGUGGAGCCACUCUCUCGGCCAAGGCCAUGCCUUCCUGAGAGCCACAGCCUGUACGCCAUCCUCCUUCUGUCAGACUCCGUCCUCAACGUCUUUAAGGACCGCAACUUUGAUAGCUGCUGCAUCUGUGCUUGCAACAUGAACGUCAAAGGGGCUGAUGUAGGGGUGUAUAUCCCCGAUUCCACUUGCGAGGAUCAGUACCGUUGCAUGUGCGGCUUCAGCGCCAUUGUGAACAGGCAGUUGGCCCACGGCACUGGACUCUUCCUAGAAGACGAGCUGGAUAUUUACGGCCGACCCUCUGAAGUUGGACGGGCUGCUGAGAGGAGGCUGGCUCUUUGCCGGCGAGACUCGAUGAUGGGCGACCCCAGAGCAAAGCGACCCCAGGACACGGCUCCUGCUUCCCCAUCUGUUUUGGUCCUGCUUCAGGAACAGUGCUCUCAACCUAUUCCUUCCCUUGCUUCACUGCAUCUUCCCCACAGCUGUUCCAGCUAUUCCCGCAAGGGGGCGCUGCUUCAAAGUUGGUUGUCGGAAAAGCAGUGGGCAGACGGGAGCGAUGCCUGCGUGGAGUGUUACAAUGCCCUGGAGCAGGGAUUGCAGUACGUGGACAACUCCACAGGGGGGAAAGUUGAUCCAACUGUUGUAAGAAGUACAGCUCUUCAUCCCUGGCCUCACACUAACGUGGUGGAUAUGAGCAUGUUGUCGUCCCAGGACAUGGUGCGCUUGCUGCUUUCAUUGCAGCCCUUCCUACAGGAUGCCAUCCAGAAGAAAAGAACUGGGAGGACUUGGGAUAACAUUCAGCACGUUCAGGGCCCACUUACCUGGCAGCAGUUCCAUAAAAUGGCAGGACGAGGCUCGUAUGGUUCUGAGGAGUCUCCGGAGCCCUUGCCCAUCCCCACAGUGCUGCUCGGCUAUGAUCGAGAGCGGGAUUUCCUUGCACUGUCCCCCCUGGCUUUGCCUUUCUGGGAGAAGCUCUUGCUAGAGCCUUACGGCGGGCAACGAGAUGUGGCCUAUGUGGUACUUUGUCCGAAUAGCACUCCUCUGUUGGCUGCAGCCCGAUCCUUCUUCCAGGAGCUCAGUGCUGUUUACGAGACGUGUCGUCUUGGGAAGCAUCGUCCACUGGCCAAGGUAUCCCUGGAUGGCAUAAUCCGUGUAGGAGAGGAGAUGGAGUCAGAAAGGCUGGAGGAGUCUGAUAUAGAUCAGUGGUUGACUGGAACCUGGGCUGGAGAGCAUCCAGACAACCUCAGCAAACUGAAACUUUACGCCUAUGCCUGUAAGAUGCAGCUAGGACCACAGCUGUCAGCCCUUCCUUUGGACAGCACUCUACUGUUGCCAUCCAAAACUCAAACACCCAAGUCUUCAGCACAGCUUGCCUCCUCCGGACAGUCUCAAAUGUGGACACCCGAUGGAGAACCAGCUGUUGGGGCUGGUGGAUCAACUAACGUCUCCACGCCAACUGCAGCACCCCCUGGUCAGACGGGUGAAACCCCCGGAGGAUCCAAUGAGUCGAAAGGAACCUUAACUGGCACACCAGCAAGCAACAAACCAGCAGAGAACACUGAACUCACUGCUGAACAGUCAAGAAUUGGCAUUCCGACUGGACCUGACUCCACAGACAGCCGUAUCAACCCACCAGCCAUCGUUGUUUACAUCGUGGAUGCGUUUGUCAGCCCGACUGGGAUGCGGAGUGAAGGAGUGGAGGAAGAUGAAGGUGACGAUGUCGAGGCAGGUAGCGUGUGGCUACUUGGGCUUCUUCGCUGCUAUACGGAGAUGCUGCAGACCUUGCCUGAGACCACAAGGCCUGCACUAGUUCUACAGGUGGUGCCAUGCCAGUACCUCCUGCAGCCCGCAAGCGGGGAGAGCCAUUUGUACCUCCAGCACCUACGCUCUCUGGCCUUCUCCUGUUAUUCGCAAUGCAGACGCCUGCAACCGCAACACACUCACAUUAAGUCCUUGACCGGCUUUGGUCCGGUGUCCACCAUCUCAUCUGUCCUCAAGAGCCCAGAUCAUCCAAACCCAGUCCAUCUAUAUACACCUCCAUUCAUCCUCGGGCCCACCCGGCCCAAGCAGCCAGAACAAGGAGAGAUUUGGGCCGAAGUCCCUCCCAGAUACAACGUACUCUUUGUGGGAUAUUGCCUAUCACAUGACCAGCGUUGGAUACUGGUGUCAUGCACGGACCAGCAGGGAGAGCUACUGGAGACGAGCAUAAUCAACAUUGAUGUGCCAAACAGAGCAAGGCGCCCAAAGGUUUCUGCUCGCAAGAUGGGUCUGCAAAAGCUGUGGGAGUGGUGUGUCGGAAUCAUCCAGAUGACUUCACUGCCAUGGAGGAUUGUGAUUGGUCGUUUGGGGAGACUGGGCCAUGGCGAACUUAAAGACUGGAGCUCACUCCUUGGGGAGCACUCACUACAUUCAAUAGGACGCCAGCUCAGAGAGGCCUGUCGCAUGUGUGGCAUCUCAGCGGCAGACACCCCCUCCAUCCUCAGUGCUUGCCUGGUAGCCAUGGAGCCGCAGGGCUCCCUUGUAGUCAUGCCUGACGCCGUGACGAUGGGCUCAGUGUUUGGCCGCAGCACCGCCUUGAACCUGCAGACGUCGCAGCUGAACACGCCUCAGGACGCCUCGUGUACACACAUCCUCGUUUUCCCGACGUCCGCCACCACCCAGCUGGCGCCGAGCUCUUACCCCACUGAGGACAAUAACGACGACAUGUUCGACCUUCCCUUUCCUGACGAAUUGGAGAAUGACAUUGGACAUGACAUGAUGUUGAUCACGGGUAACCUCCAUCCUUCUCCCAACACCUCCCCUGUGCCGUCACCGGGCUCUCCAUCUGGAAUGGGAAUGGGAUCCCAUUUCCAACACACCAGGAGCCAGGGGGAACGCUUACUCUCCAGAGACAAUCCCCCGGAAGAGCUGAAGCAGCAGCCGCUAGCUCUGGGCUACUACGUCUCCACCGCGCAGGCCAGCGGACUCCCCCACUGGUUCUGGGCACCGUAUCCUCAGGCUGAGAACCAGUGUCCACUGUUCCUCAAGGCUUCGCUCCACCACCACAUCUCCAUGGUCCAGUCUGAUGAGCUGGCAGCAGACAAGACGAAGAGGACCCCUCACCCGCUCGAUUCAAAGACCACCUCUGAUGUGCUCCGGUUUGUAUUGGAGCAGUACAACGCACUCUCCUGGCUGACCUGCACACCUGCGACCCAGGACCGCCAGUCUUGCCUGCCUGUCCACUUGGCCGUGCUGGUUCAAAUGUACAACGCCAUCCUCAACAUGCUAUAGCUGUGUGCACCUCCUCUUCUGCAGCUCCGUGCCUCCUUGUCCUCCACCUCACAGUUCCUCAUCUCAAAGAGAGAGGACUCUCCCAGGAACUGGAAUGAAAUCAGAGUGCAAGAAAGAUAACACUUCUAAAUGGCAGUCAUGGUGCUUUGUAAUGAAGAGACCCUGCAAAGUCUAGUCUCACGCAAGGGUCAUUUUUAAACGUGUGCAGAACUCUUCCUACCUGUAAUAUUUUACAACCAGCAAAUUUGCAUGUCAACCCGCACACAUGGCAAUGUUGCGUCGUUUUUAAAGUUUAUCUUUACAAAAAAAAAAAAGCGCUUUUGAAAGUUGAAAGGUUAUCUCUCAACUCUGUUUGCAAGUGGCACUUUUUCUUCACCAUUUAAAGGGUUGUUCAUAAGCAAUGGUGGUACAAAAAAAAAUGAUGACAAGCGAGGAUUUUUAUUAUGUAAAACAUUUGCAAAGAAUUGAAAGUUAUUUUGUAAUAUUAAAAUGUAACAAAUUUGGAGAAAAAAAAGGCCUUUUUAUUCCCUAAUUUGAAUUAAAUCUGUUGGGAUCUGAAAUAAAAGUCACAUUAAUGUAAUAUUUAUACAAAUUAUAUCAUGUAAUAGAAUUUGAUAUUGAUACGUAUAUACUUAAUAAAUAUAUAUUACCUCUUCCAAACAGGCACUUAAUGAUUGAUAACAAAGGGUGAUGGACACAAGCCUCUUUUAAAUGGAUUCAGAAUGAAUAUCAAUUGAAACAAAAUAGAAUUUUAAUUCUAUUUUAUUUAAUGACUUCCAUUCAAAAUAUGUAGGAGACAUUUACAGUGGUAUGAAAAAGCAUCUGAACCUUUUGGAAUAUCUCACAUUUCUGCAUAAAAUCACCAUCAAAUGUGAUCUGAUAUUUGUCAAAAUCACACAGAUGAAAAUACAGUGCCUGCUUAAACUAAAACCACCCAAACAUUUAUUGGUUUUCAUAUUUUAAUGAGGAUAGUAUGCAAACAACGACAGAAGGGGGAACAAUAAGUAAGUGAACCAUCACAUUUAAUAUAUUGUGGCCCCACUUUUGGCAUAUAUAACUUAAACCAGACGCUUUAUGUUGCUGCAGAUCAGUCUGGCACAUCGAUCAGGACUAAUCUUGGCCCAUUCUUCUCUACAAAACUGCUGUAGUUCAUUCAGAUUCCUGGGAUGACUGGCAUGAAUCGCUCUUUAGGUCACGCUACAGCAUCUCAAUGGGGUUCAAGUCUGGACUUUGACUUGGCCACUCCAGAAUGUGUAUUUUGUUCUUCUGAAACCAUUCUGAAGUUGAUUUACUUCUGUGUUUUGGAUCAUUAUCUUGUUGCAGCAUCUAUGGUCUUAUUAGCUUCAACUGUCUGACAGAUGGCCUCAGGUUGUCCUGCAAAACAUCCUGACAAACUUUUGAAUUCAUGGUUCCAUGAAUGAUUGCAAGUUGUCCAGGCCCUGAGGAAAGAAAACAGCCCCAAAUCAUGAUGCUCCCUCCACCAUGCUUCACGGUGGGGAUGAGGUGUUGAUGUUCUGCCAGUUUUCCUCUACACAUAACUUUGUGUGUUACUCCCAAACAAUUCAACUUUGGUUUCAUCAGUCCACAAAAUAUUUUGCCAAAACUUCUGUUGAGUGACCAAGUGCCUUUUCGCGAACAUUAAACAAGCAACAAUGUUUUGUUUUUUUUAGCUAGCAGUGGCUUCCUCCGUGGAGUCCUCCCAUGAACACCAUUCUUGGCCAUAGUUUUAUAUAUAAUUGAUGUGUGCACAGAGAUAUUGGACUGUGCCAGUGAUUUCUGUAAGUCUUUAGCAGACACUCUAGGGUUUUUUUUUACCUCUCUGAGUAUUCUGCACUGAACUCUUGGUGUCAUCUUUGGUGGAUGGCCACUCCUUGGGAGAGAAGCUCCAAACUCUCUCCAUUUGUAGACAACUUCUCUGUCGAUUGGUGAAUAUCCAGAGUUUUAGAGAUGGCUUUGUAUUAUUUCCCAGCUUUAUACAAAUCAACAAUCCUUGAUCGCAGGUCUUCAGACAGAUCUUUUGACUGAGCCAUGAUGCACAUCAGACAGUGCUUCUCAUCAAGACAUUUCUUACCAGGUGUGUGUUUGAAAGUGGGCAGAGCUUAAAACCACUCAUCAUUGAUUGGGCACACACCUGACUUAAAAUGUUUGGUAAAAAUUAGUUUCAAUUGCUCUUUAAUUCUCCUUAGACAGAGGGUUCACUUACUCAUUUUCCCCCCUUCUGUCAUUGUUUUCAUGCUGUCCUCAAUCAAAUAUGAUAACCUAUAAAUGUUUGGGUGGUUUUAGUUAAAGGAGAUACUUUGUUUGCAUCUGUGUGAUUUUGACAAAGAUCAGCUCACAUUUGAUGGUGAUUUUAUGCAGAAAUGUGAGAAAUUCCACAAGGUUCAGAUACGUUUUCAUACGACUGUAUAAGCAAAUGGAAUCCUUGAAAUAGGCAAUCCAAUGUGUUUGAGUUAAAUAUUUAAGAAUGGCAUUUCUGUCAUUUGUCUUCUGAUGAUGUCAAGCAAACUGAGAGAAAGGCCCAUCCUUAUCACUUUGCUAUUUCUUACAAGCAUGUUUGUAUUAUACACCAUUCAGCUAUGUUUUCUGAGUUUUCUAAAGCUGUACAUUUCAAGCUUGUUUUUGCUGUGAGCUUUUAUACAUACAUAUAUAUAUAUAUAUAUAUAUAUAUAUAUAAAUAUAAAUAUAUACAGUAUUGCGAAAGUUAUUUACUUCCAGCCAAAAAUGUGGAAAUUGCCAAGUGAGUGUUCACAAAUUGUACAGACGUAAUGCAAGUUUGCAAGACUUUGUUACUUUGGUCAUCAAUUUGAAUAUGAAACAGAUCCACAUGAGUGGAAGAUAUCUGUUACUUUUACACUAUUUUUUAAAGUAAAUUAUUAAAAGCCUUCCAAGUCGGAA